AUGGGACUAUGCUCAGGGCGUUGUUUCUCCAGAGAAAGCUUGAAUUUUACUUCCAUAUCGGAUGGUCAAGACAGCAGUUUCAUGGACUGUGGUACGGCGACAGAGACUCAAAAAACUCCGGUGGCGUCGUCGUCGUCAUCGUCACUUUUUGGCAUAUUAAAAUUUAAAACGAAAUACCAUUCGAAAUUUUUGAAUCGAUUUUGGGCACGACAUCAGCGGCAACAGCAAGCUUCAUCGCAAGGAACAUCGUACACAAGAUUGAAUAUGUCGCAUCGAAGCGGUGUCGCAUCGAUUGAAAAUCAAAAUUAUGGGAAAUUGGUUCUUCCAAAGGAUGCCAUUCAGCUGCAGUGUCUUGACGUUGGUUCACUGUUGAAAAUGAACGAGCGACGAGAUUACAAGCGUUUGCAGUGUGAUUCGAUGACGGAGGGGACCUUAUCAUUUGCUGGUUCCUCAUUGGAUUUGGAAUGGGAACACGAAUACGAUGCGGCCGAAAGGCGUGAGAGUCAGGAGGAGGAGGAGGAGGAGGCUCGAAAUUCGUGGUACAAUUCCGAAGAAGAGUCUUCAAGCAAUAAAAAUGCACUCGAUUUACUUGACCGAAUGCUUACAUUCAAUCCACACAAUAGCAUUACGGUUGAAGAUGCUUUGGCACAUCCAUAUUUGGAACUGUAUUACGUCCCAGAUGAUGAGCCUGUUGAUGACAAUCCAUUCCAAAUGGAUGUGGAGUUGGAUGAUUUACCACGAGAGGAACUCAAACGCUUGAUUUUCGAGGAAUCCAUGAGCUUGACGUCCAUGAGCCAGAUCAUGCUCCAGCCAUUUAAAUGUAAAUGCGAAUUUAACUAA